UUCGACUUCAACAAACACCCUACGAUCAAUGAUGCUACGACAAUCUCCCAGAUAUUCAUACGAACCUCAUACCGAAACACCUCAAGUGUCGUAGCUACAACCUUGUGACAGCUCACACCUCUCCGACCACUUCCUACGCCAACCCUCCCUCACUAGCAUACGCCUUGCUUAUUCGAUCCCAUAUGAUCUCCUAAGAUCUGGCCGCACUGGCGUAAUCAUAUGGCUACCCAAGGCCUUAGAAUCGAUGGGAUUAGGCUCAGAGAUCUUGAGAACCGGGAAGUGACCUUUCGAGGCAUUAAUGUCGCAGGGGAUAGCAAAUUCCCUCGCCAUCCAGACCAGCCAUCCUACGAGCCCGGUGGCUUCUUCGACGCAAACAAUGUUUCUUUUGUAGGUCGACCUUUCACGGAAGAGGAGGCCUAUACCCACUUUGCACGCUUGAAGAGAUGGGGAUACAAUGCCAUUCGGUACAUCUUUACCUGGGAGGCUCUGGAGCAUGCCGGGCCCGGUCAAUAUGAUGAAGACUUCAUCGAUCACACCAUAAAGAUCCUACGCAUAGCCAAAGAGUACGGCUUCUAUGUGUUUAUGGAUCCUCAUCAAGAUGUCUGGUCACGAUUCACAGGAGGAUCUGGGGCUCCUCUAUGGACCUUGCAUGCUUGUGGUUUAGACCCUGAGACAUUUACUUCUAACCAAGCUGCUGUUGUCCACAACACCUGGUCUGACCCUGCAAAGUUCCCGAAGAUGCUGUGGCCUACCAAUUAUACGCGGCUAGCCACCCAAGUCACAUUCACCCUAUUCUUUGCCGGUCGAGAUUUUGCCCCUAAUGCAAUAAUAGACGGCAAGAAUAUCCAAGACUAUUUGACCGACCACUUCAUUGCUGCUUGUGCACAUCUCGCUCAAAGGAUCCAUGAUGCUGGCGGGCUAGAAGAUGACUGUAUCAUUGGAUGGGAAACCAUGAAUGAACCUCAUCGAGGGCUUGUGGGGUGGGAAGACUUAGAUGCCCUUCCGGAAGAGUUGAAAAUGAGAAAGGGAACCUGCCCUACACCAUGGCAGGCGAUGCUUACAGGGGCAGGGCGUGCAGUGGAAAUCGACGUCUAUGACUUCAGCACCUUUGGGCCUUACAAGAGUGGGAGAGAGCUGGUCGAUCCAGAAGGCGUCUCGGCUUGGUUACAGCCGAAUUGGGAUGAUACGAGGUAUGGUUGGAAGCGUGAUCCAGGAUGGAAGCUGGGCCAAUGUAUAUGGGCUCAGCAUGGCGUCUGGGAUCCGAACAACGACCAGUUAUUGAAAAAGGACUACUUUGCAACUAUCCCAAAGUCUGGUACGAAGUUGGACUACGAAAAGUUCACCAACUUAUACUACAUGGACCAUUUCCGCAAAUUUCGAGAUGCUAUCCGGGCCAUCCACAGAGAUUGCAUUAUUCUGAUGCAAUCGGCCGUCCUCGAGAUACCGCCACUCGUCAAAGACACUCCUGACGAUGAAAAGCGACUAAUAUUUGCUUCACACUACUACGAUGGAAUCACCUUGAUCCAGAAGCAUUGGAACAAAUAUUACAAUGUUGACAUCUUUGGUCUACUACGGCAUAAAUAUUCGAACCCUGCUUUCGCGGUCAGAUUAGGACAAACGGCCAUCCGCAACUGCUUACGAGAUCAGCUUAGAGCGAUUCGUGACGAGGGCAUCGAACACCUUGGAGAGCACCCUACACUAUUCACCGAGAUCGGUAUUCCGUUCGAUAUGGAUGACAAGUACGCAUACAAGACUGGCGACUACUCCAGUCAAACCUCGGCUCUGGACGCAAAUCACUACGCUUUGGAAGGGUCCGGGGCUCAGGGAUACACCCUGUGGACAUAUGUUGGACAGAAUAACCAUGAAUGGGGUGAUUUGUGGAACGGCGAGGAUCUUUCAAUCGUCUCGGUUGAUGAUCCGCUCUUACCAAACAGUUCUUCGAUAUCUCGUUUGCAAACUGCCAACCCUUCCACAACUUCUUUGAGCCGAAAGCCUGCCUCAUACUCGGACGCAACAACAACAACGACGACGACGACGACGACGACUCUGUCCGAAUCCUCCACCAUCAAUCCCUCCAAUCUGAGAGAUGCACUCAAACUUCCUGAAAUUGCCCAGAAACCUACGUCAGCAGCAGCCGACAACGCUGGCUUGCGGGCGGCAGAAGCCUACGUUCGACCUUCCCCCAUUGCGACCGUUGGCGACGUGGUCAAGUACGGGUUCGACCUGAACAGUGUGACUUUUACAUUCAGCUUGGUCGCUAGUCAGGCCACGAAAGAGGAUGUCCCCACGGAGAUUUUUCUCCCCGAGUUUCAUUUCCCCCCGGAAAAGACCAACGUCGAGGUCAGCGGCGGCAGGUGGAGAAUAGACGUUUUGGACGUGGACGGCGAGGGCAUGCAAGUCAUGAAGUGGUGGCACGGCGCUGGCGAGCAGAGCAUGACCGUCAAGGGUGUCAAGAGGAAACCCGGGACCUGGGGAGUGGAAGAUGCAGCAGACGCCGAGGCUGGGUAUUUGGAUACCAUGAGGUCUUCGGUUGAAAGCUGCACUGUGAUGUGACGAGAUAACGAGAAACUACGUAGGUGUGUGAUGUGUUUUUUGGGUUGAUAUCAAGGUAUUCGUUGUUCAGGAGUUCAUGCUCGUCGUGGAUAUUGAUUAGGUAGGUAGUCUUUUUAUUCUUAUCUUUUCCACACGUGCUUCAGUAGGGAAAAGGCUAGCACACGCCAAAGCCUCUUCAAAAGUUUCGUAGUGUUG